AACAGCAUGAUUAGACUUAUUCUGUUCGUUAGUCGUGUGGUAGCUGUAGUAUUCAUUGCCGGUGUCGAAUCAAAUGAUGAUAUCCAGGAUCAAGGUGUACAAAAAGAAAAUUGGAGUCAACGUUCAGAGGUUUACUCUUCGGAAGGCCGUGUACGGGUAAACCAAUGUUAUUCGUGUAUUGACUGCCCAGUGGUCUUGGGAAACACAACAUUCAAGACCUGCCCUUCAACAAAUGACAGAUGGAAGAACAAAAAAUGCAUUGUGUAUUCGGAACUUUAUAGUGAUAUGAAAAUGCCUUGGUACAUUCGUGACUGCGUUUCCGAACGUGGUACUUGUGCUGAUUUAAAGAGCGUGCACGACGCUUACAACAACAUAGUGAAGCUCGACUUUUGCUUCGAGUGCGACGGAGACAGAUGCAAUAGGGUGUCCCGUUCUCUCCCCGUCACCUUCUUUGUCGUAUUUGUUGUACCGGUGGUUACGAAACAUACACUCUCAUAGUUACGCAACGCCGCCAAAACAUUCUAAUUUCACUUCGGAACACGUUAGCAAUAACCAAGUUUAUUGAAUUGAUUUCUAAAAGAAUAAAAUUAACGACGA